CCCGCAUCUUCACUCGUCCUCCGGCCGCCGGAGCUGCAGCACCAUGUGCAGUCUCAACGGCAGCCUCGGCAACAUCACCAACUGCAGCCAUGUGGACGAGCCACUCUUCCACGACAUCAUCCAGAACAGAUCGGUGCAGGCCGUCUUCUGCAUGCUCUACACCGUCAUCUUUGUGCUUGGCAUCUUCGGCAACGUGCUCGUCUGCUACGUGGUCGGCAGGAACAAGGCCAUGCAGACCGUCACCAACUUCUUCAUCACCAACCUCGCGCUCUCUGACAUCUUGCUCUGCACUCUGGCGGUCCCUUUCACUCCUCUCUACUCCUUCGUAGGCCAGUGGAUCUUCGGGCCAGUUCUGUGUCACCUGGUUGCCUACGCGCAGGGCACAAGCGUGUACAUUUCCACACUGACUCUGACCUCGAUCGCCGUGGACCGCUUCUUCGUCAUCAUCUACCCUUUCCAGCCGCGCAUGAGGAUGUCCACGUGUACGGCGAUCAUUGUCUUCAUCUGGCUUUUUUCUUUGCUUGCAACCCUGCCGUAUGGUAUCUUUAUGUCGCACAAUAACAAAGGCAUCGACUCGGAUUUCUUCUACUGUGAAGAAGACUGGACGGAGAACUACCGCAAGGCGUUCGGCGCCUUCACGGCCAUGGCGCAAUUCGUCCUCCCCUUCUUCAUCAUCACAUUUUGCUACGUCAGAGUUUCGCUCAAGCUGAAUGACAGAGCCAAGUGCAAACCAGGUGCUAAAAAUUCUCGUCGCGAGGAGAUCGAUCGAGAGCGAAAGCGGCGAACAAAUCGCAUGCUAAUCGCGAUGGUGACCGUUUUUGGAGUGUCCUGGCUCCCGCUGAACAUGGUCAACCUGAUCAACGACGUGAACGAGUCGACUGGCGACUGGCCUUACUACAACCUGUGCUUUUUCAUGGUGCACGCCAUUGCCAUGAGCUCGACGUGCUACAACCCUUUCCUCUAUGCUUGGUUGAACGAGAAUUUCCGCAAGGAGUUCAAGCAGGUUUUGCCGUGUUUUGAGCGUCCAACGCCCGUGAACGGCAACCAGUGUGGUCCGAACACGGCGUCGAUGGCGUUGACGAGCGGCCACCGCAAGUCCCUGGGCGGCAGCCAGAAGAAGAACCGUGGCACCACCAACACGAUGACCACGGAUGCCAAGGAGGAGCAGGUGGCGUGCAAUGGCGAUUCCUCUGUGCAGGAGGAGGUGCCCUUCAAGGCCUCGUACAGCAAGACGGACGACCAGGUGUGUCUGCAUCUCGAGGAGGGCGAGGAGGAGCGUCUGGCGGCCAACGGCCACGACACACCCGUCGACCUGGAGCAGCUGCGGCUGCCGGUGGACGCGCACCUGCUGGACAGAGAGGUUCAGAACUUGCAGAAGUCCGGGGAUUUCAUUUAAGACCAUUCCACCUCAAGAACAGCCCAAGGAGAGGCGAGCAGGAGAGGAAACCUGGCCUAGCCACUUUGAUGUUAAUAAAAGCUUUCGUCGAGAAUGUGUGUAUAUUUACAACUUGUAUGCUCUCCAUUCGUUCCGAUGUGUUCUUUCCGCUUCUCUGAGAGUACGGGCAUGCCAUCGCGCUUUUCCUCUUGUGCGAAUUUCACCUCUCGCUUGUACACUAUACAGUAUAAACGACUUCAAUGUUGAAUAAUGUUAUUCACCUUCAAGAAAAACAGCUAGCUCAUCAUGCUUUCUGGUGCAGAGAACCAUUUUAAUUCAUCCAUCAUGUUCUGUUAAAUUUUCACUCAUUGUAGCCGUGCAUGAAACUUAAAUUGCUGUGAUAAAUGAUUGGUAUCAUAGAAAUAUGGACUGUACAAAGGUAUUAUUUUACAGAACAACUAAUAAAUAAUAUAAUUUGAAUAAAACUCUGGAAAGUGGAUUUUCUGAUAAACAUAUGAUCUAGCUAGCUAAAAUUAAUUUAUCUAUAUAGCCUAUAUAGUUGUUAUUAUUAUAUGAUAAUAAGCUUCUCAUGUGCAAUAUUAAAAUCUAUGUACUAUAACCCGGUUCGUUUACUCAAUAUAGUGUUAGAACCGCUCCUUAAGUAAAUGUGCGCCAUGACAUGCUAGCAUUUUAUUGCAUUUAUGGUGAUUUUAUGCAACACAUUUCAUGUGUCCUAGAUCAAAACACGUGCAUGAAAAUGAUUUUUUGUACUCUUCUUGUGGCGUGUAGAUUCGUAGGCGUUGUCAAAUUCGAUCCUUUCCCUUGCGCUUAAAGAAAUAAACGCUUCGGGAGACGAUGGAAAGACUAAAUUAUUUCUUUUUGAGCCUAAGGAAUAAUUUAGGAUAUACUGCAUGUCUGCAUCAAAGGUUACCUAAUCAGGAUUGUCACGUAAAAGGCAUCAAGCAAACGUGCAUUGGUGACUGUCCAAAGCGACCUGAUUUGAGAAUCCUUUGAUUUAUAUGUUCACACUUGUACAGAUCUUGUAAAAAAUGAACUUAAAAUAUAUGGAAUUUAUGGCUGUGUUUCAUUGUUUUCCUGGAAUAUGUAAAACAAUUGAUGUCUAGCAAGUUUUGCAGUUUUAUUCAGUAUUUGAUGUGUAUGUAAAUAAAAAAGUGUGAUAAAAUCCCAAGUCAA